UCAACAAGGCAAUUCAUCCUAACAAAAUCAAAACAAAACAUACAACAUAUUACCUUUUCAAUCAAAGUAGCCAAGCCACGCAGAUCAUUUCAAAUUGAAGUUUUACCUUGACCAGAUCCCAAAUUUCAGUGAAAUAUGUCCAUUUGUUCCUCGUCGCAUACCUCAGAGGAUGAGCCUAUCACUGGUCUCAUCAGCAAGCUAGACGAUCUUGAAAACACUAUCAGUAACUUGGAAUUGGAUGUGCGCAAAGAACUAAACACACAACGGUUGCUAAGUCGUUGCCAACUGAAUCUCGCCGCCAAGUGUUCGGAUACGCCAGAAGAUCCCUCUGCAUUGGGCACCCAACACAAAAGAUCAAGUGCCGGUUCGGGAUUUCUGGGGCUUAGUGAAUGCAAUUGUCGUUGCAAUCAAGCACUCGUUAUCUACCUGGAACAGUUGCGACAGGCAAAAUUGGAACAGGAGCAACUCUUGCGACACUUGAAGAUGCGAGAAGAACAAGUGCAACUUUAUCGAUCGAAAAUGCUGGAAACUAAUUCCAUCGUUGAGCAUCAGAAACAACAGAUUAGAACCUUCAAGGAGAACGAGGAACUGGUAACGCAAAAAAUCAAUUCCGCCGUGGAGCAAGAAAACCGAAUGCUUAUGCAAGAAAUCGACCGAUUGAAGCGACUUCCGGAUGAGCUGCGGGAACGCGAGCGUGCUUUGAAAAUUGCCAACAAAGAGUUGCAGGAAACCAAACUGACGCUCAAAUCAUUGCUGCUGGAUAUCGAAUCGGGACUGGCGGCGUGUGAGGACAUUUCCGGUGAAUUGCAACAGGAACGAACCCGGGCGUUUGAAACAAUGAGUGAAAUUGACCAGGAGAAACGAAAAGUUAUGAGAUGGGUCGACAAGUAUAGUGAAUUGAAGCAACAGUAUGACACGGCAGUGGAGCAGAAACAAUCUAUUGAUCAGCUGAUGUCGGAACUAGGGGGGAAGACCAUACAGCUGGAAAAGAUAACCAGACAGUAUGAAGCUCUUAAGGAGGAAAGUACCGCAUAUUUAUCAACGGUUGAAACUCAGUACAAGAAGCAGGAAGCGGAGUUGAACCAACGAGUAGUUGAACUGGAGUGCGAAAAUCAUCGUCUAAAAGUCACACUAGAAGAUCAAAGCUUAAAGACUUCGGAAGCAUCACAUAACAUGCAACGGGAACUGAUGAGUCUUGAGAAGAAGUUUGUUGAGGCACAGAAUGAACUUAACACUUUAAAGCGAUACAACGAAGCUGCUGCAGCUGUGGCAGAGUUUGGAACGCGCAAGAAAGAUUUCUCAAUGCAUGAAUCAACAUCAAGCGAAACACUCAGUCCACCGUUUUGUAGUAUGUGUGCCGUCGAAAAUGAGCCAAGCUUGACAGAAGAGUGUACCUGUACGUACUCCUCCUAUGCGUCUGGGGGCGUCGAUUGUGAUCCAACCGAGGAAGAUGGACCAGUGGGCUCAAAAUGACAACUAUGACUAGUGAUUCAAGUUGCAGUCAUUGAAGUUUUUUUUUCUUCAAAAUAACACACUUACAAUCUAUCUUGAAGAAUGUGAAAAAAUACACGUUUUUCGAUCAAAUUUCAUUCUUAGC